AUGAAGAACGUUAAUGAUGGAACUCCUGCUACCGGUAACGACCCUAAUAGCUUCUGGCAUGGGUACAUAAAUGGAGAUAACGGUAAUGAGAUAAAAGCUGAAGGCAGUAAUAAUGAAAAAGGACUAGGUAAACUGCUUUCUGAGCUUAAUCAGAAUAAUGGAGUACUUGACAGCAAUAACUUCUCUCAACUUGGUGACCUAGUGAAGAGUCUCCAAUCUGAUUAUCCUAAUUAUGACUAUCAGCCACAAAAGUCAACGUCUAAUGUGGAAGGACCAAUGGGUGUGGGUAAAAGCAGACCUACUGAUGUCCCUAAAUACAGCCCUCCCGUACCGUUAUUUGGCAAUCGCAAGGCCCACAUUCCAAAACCCUAUGAUCAAACAGAAAUACUACUAGGCUAA